GGUGACGUCACUUCGGCGGAGCUUUAUUUAAAAUUCCAACGGCCCGAGGUUGGCGGAGGCCGAAACUCUUGUUUUGGCGGCUGUUUCCGUGUAGUUGUGCACUUUGCAGACACUCGGCCGCAGGGUCUCGUCUGGAAACGGAAAGAAAGGUUAUAAGCAUGAAGCGCAGUUCAGUUUCCACUGGCGGUGCUGGCCGCCUCUCCAUGCAGGAGUUAAGAUCUGUGGACCUCAAUAAACCAGGCCUCUAUACCCCUCAAACCAAAGAGAAAUCAACCUUUGGGAAGCUGAGUAUAAACAAACCUACAUCUGAACGAAAAGUCUCAGUAUUUGGUAAAAGAACUAGUGGACAUGGAUCCCGGAAUAGUCAAUUUGGUAUAUUUUCCAGUUCUGAAAAAAUCAAGGACCCAAGACCACUUAAUGACAAAGCAUUCAUUCAGCAGUGUAUUCGACAGCUCUGUGAGUUUCUUACAGAAAAUGGUUAUGCAUAUAGUGUGUCCAUGAAAUCUCUACAAGCUCCAUCGAUUAAAGACUUCCUAAAGAUCUUCACCUUUCUUUAUGGUUUCUUGUGUCCUUCGUAUGAACUUCCAGACACAAAAUUUGAAGAAGAGAUACCAAGAAUUUUUAAAGACCUUGGGUACCCAUUUGCACUCUCUAAGAGCUCCAUGUAUACAGUGGGAGCCCCUCAUACCUGGCCACACAUUGUGGCAGCCUUGGUUUGGCUGAUAGAAUGCAUCAAGAUACAUAUUGCCAUGAAAGAAAGCUCACCUUUAUUUGAUGAUGGACAGCCUUGGGGAGAAGAGACUGAAGAUGGGAUUAUACACAAUAAGCUGUUUCUGGACUACACCAUAAAAUGCUAUGAGAGUUUCAUGACUGGUGCUGACAGCUUUGAAGAGAUGAAUGCAGAGCUACAGUCCAAGCUGAAGGAUUUAUAUAAUGUAGAUGCUUCCAAGUUGGAAUCAUUAGCAGCAAAAAACAAAGCAUUAAAUGAACAGAUUGCAAGAUUGGAACAAGAAAGAGAAAAAGAACCGAAUCGUCUGGAGUCAUUGAGGAAACUGAAAACUUCCUUACAAGCAGAUGUUCAAAAGUAUCAAGCAUACAUGAGCAAUUUGGAAUCUCAUUCGGCCAUUCUAGACCAGAAAUUGAAUGGUCUUGAUGAAGAAAUUGCUAGAGUGGAAUUAGAAUGUGAAACAAUAAAACAGGAGAAUAUGCGGCUGCAGAAUAUCGUUGAUAACCAGAAAUACUCAGUUGCCGACAUUGAAAGAAUAAACCAUGAAAAAAAUGAACUGCAGCAGACCAUUAAUAAAUUAACCAAAGACCUGGAGGCUGAACAACAGCAAUUGUGGGAUGAGGAACUAAAAUAUGCCAGAGGCAAAGAGGCGAUUGAAACACAGUUAGCAGAGUAUCACAAAUUGGCUAGAAAAUUAAAGCUUAUCCCUAAAGGUGCUGAGAAUUCCAAAGGUUAUGACUUUGAAAUUAAAUUUAAUCCUGAAGCUGGUGCCAACUGCCUUGUCAAAUACAGAGCUCAAGUUUAUGUACCUCUCAAAGAACUCUUGAAUGAAACUGAAGAAGAAAUUAAUAAAGCUCUAAAUAAAAAAAUGGGUUUGGAGGACACUUUAGAACAGUUGAACACAAUGAAAACAGAAACCCAGAGAAGUGUGAGGACUCUGAAGGAGGAGGUCCAGAAGCUGGAUGAUCUUUACCAACAGAAAGUCAAGGAGGCUGAGGAAGAGGAUGAGAAAUGUGCCAGUGAGCUUGAGUCAUUGGAGAAGCACAAGCACCUGCUGGAGAGUGCUGUUAACGAGGGCCUCAGUGAAGCCGUGAAUGAGUUAGAUACUGUCCAACGGGAGUACCAGCUAGUUGUACAGACCACAAGCGAACAAAGAAGAAAAGUGGGGAAUAACUUGCAGCGUCUUUUAGAGAUGGUUGCGACCCAUGUGGGGUCUGUCGAGAAACAUCUUGAAGAGCAGAUUGCUAAAGCUGAUAGAGAGUAUGAAGAAUGCAUGUCAGAAGAUCUCUUGGAAAAUAUUAGAGAGAUUGCAGAAAAGUAUAAGAGUAAUGCCUCUCUGCUUAAGGCUUCUGAUGAAUGAAGAUAAAUUAAUGGUGAUUAUCUUGUAUCUUUCCUAAACAUAGUUCAUUAACUGAAAAUGUGUCCUGAAGUUAUGAUAACUUGUUGGAUUUUUUUUAUAUAAAAAAACAGUUAAUAAAGUAUAUCAGUUAA